GGGGGGAUGGGCAGCCGGCAAAGGAGCUGUCCCUAGCCCCUGAGCCCCAACGCGGCCAGCCCGGUCUCCAGCUGCCUGCGUCCCUGAGCGCUUCUCAGGCCAGGUGCGCCCAGGUCCUCCCCGACUCAGCGGCCCAGCCUUCCGCGGCCACCUUUGUGGACAUAUGGGAGGGAGUCCGGGGCGCCUCCCUGGAGAGGAAUCGGUGUGUUAGGAUGUCAGCUCCAGACUCUGGCUCCUUCCCCUGUUCCCAGGCCGGCUCAGGCUCCUUGGGCAGGGGAGGGGGCAGGUUCUGGCCUGUGCUCCCCCCUCAUGCCCCGCCCCGGGGCCCAGAUUCCGGCGUCCGGGGGCGGACGGGAGACGCCCGGCCCGUCUACCCGCCCCGGGCCGCGUCUGCUCCGACGGGCGGGGCAGCCAGAGCCAGGGAGGGAGAGGGAAGCCCGCCCGAGCUCGGGCUUUGCGACCUGCCCCGGGGCGCCCCACCCUGAGACUCAAGACCUCCAGGUCUUCCUCCCUCAGAUCCAGGCGUUCAGGCUCCAACCCUCCUCCCUCAGACCCGGGAGUCCAAACCUCAGUUCUCCUCCCUCGGAACCUGGAGUUCAGGCUCCAGCCUUCCUCCCUCAGUCCUUAACAGUCCAGACCCCAUACCUCCUUAUUUAAAGUGUCUGGGUCCCAGCCUUUCUCCCUCAGACUCAGAAUCCAGCCUCCAUCCCUCCUUCUACAAGCCGUAAAGUCCAAACCUCAGUCUUACUCCUUCAAAACCAAAAUUCUGGACCCCAGCCUACCUCACUCAGACCCAGGGUGUUUGUCACCUGGUCCUGGUGGUGCUGAGCCUCUGGCCAAAUAGAGCCAUUGCCCCUGGGCCACCAUCUGGCUCCCCUCGAGUCUCUUCAGACCCUCGUGCAGAUCUGGACAGCGCUGUCCUCCUGACCCGAUCCCUUCUGGCAGACACUCGGCAACUAGCCGCACAGAUGAGAGACAAAUUCCCAGCGGACGGAGACCACAAUCUGGACUCCCUGCCUACCUUGGCCAUGAGCGCUGGGACACUGGGAUCCUUGCAGCUUCCAGGUGUGCUGACAAGGCUUCGAGUAGACUUGAUGUCCUACCUCCGGCAUGUACAAUGGCUGCGCAGGGCAGGUGGUCCAUCCCUGAAGAUUCUGGAGCCAGAGCUGGGUGCUCUGCAAGCCCGGCUGGACCGACUACUUCGUCGUCUACAGCUCUUGACAUCUCGCUUGGCUUUGCCCCAGGCAACCCCAGACCAACCCACGGUCCCCUUGGGCCCUCCUGCUUCAGCCUGGGGAAGCAUCCGGGCAGCUCACGCCAUUUUAGGAGGCUUGCACCUGACCUUGGACUGGGCUGUACGAGGCCUGCUGUUGCUGAAGACGCGGCUGUGACUCAAGACUGAAAGCCACCACCGAUAUCAUCUUUUAAAGCCACAUUUUUAUUUAUUUAUUUAUUUUGUUACUUGGGGGGGGGCUGAUCAUCACAGGCAUGCCACACCCCACACAAGCCGACACCCAGCUAGAUACAU